AUGAUAGUGUACUCGGUGUAUAUUUUAAAUAAAGCAGGUGGAUUGGUGUAUCAGAAUGAUAUCAACCCUGGCUUGAACAGAUUAAGUGCUAACGAUUACCUUGUAUUGGCUGGUACAUUACAUGGGGUCCAUGCAAUCACUUCCAGAUUCAGCCAUUCAAUGAAGAUUGAACAGAAUGAAAUCAAUAUGAAUAAUAACUCCAACAUUUUGAGUACGGGCAAGUCUUUAAACCCCAAUACCAACAGAACUGGUCUACAAAGUAUUGAAACUGAUCAUUUCAAUUUAUACAUUCAACAAACUUUAACGGGGAUCAAAUUUAUCAUCAUAACGUCUCCAUUAAAGACAACGCCCAUGUCUAGAGGCCAAUUGAAUAAUGAGUUGGACUUAGUCAAUUAUCUAUUCAGACAAAUCUAUAUAUUGUAUGGGGAUUACGUAUCGAAAGAUCCUUUCCAAGCAAGUGAUAUGCCUAUAAAGAAUCAAUUAUUUGAUACUAAACUACGUGAAUUGGUGAAUCAAUAG